AUGUUAUGGGAUUGUGUAAAUGAGAUUUCCUGUAAAAGGAAUAAAAAGGCAGGAAUAGAUAAGAUAAAAAUCGAAAGUGGGGAAGAAAUAUCCAAUAAAAAGGAUAUUGCACAGGACUUUUUGGAACACUUCACAAGCAUUGGUGAAAAACUGGCAGAGAAGGGUGACACAUGCUGUUGGAUCUGCGACAAAUGCGAAGAAUACGAAUACGUCUUCGACGAAUUCACCUGCAAGGACUGUGGUCCAGGAUACUGGCCAUUUGAAGACAAACUAUCAUGCUACGCUUUGGAGCUCCAAUACAUGAGAUGGAAUAGCCCUUACGCAUUUAUUCCAGCUGCAUUCUCCUGUCUAGGAAUCAUAGUAACCACUGCAGUGAUUAUUCUUUUCAUCAAGCACAACGACACGCCUCUGGUCAGAGCAUCUGGUCGUGAGCUUAGCUACAUGUUGCUCUUUGGCAUUUUGCUGUGCUAUUUGAAUACAUUUGUGCUGCUUGCCAAACCCACUACCGAGAUCUGCAUUACGCAACGGUUUGGUAUUGGAGUGGGAUUCUCGAUUAUUUAUGGUGCUCUACUGACCAAGACCAACAGGAUAUCGAGAAUAUUCGACUCCGCUUCGAAGUCUGCUCAAAGACCUAGCUACAUCAGUCCUAAGUCCCAAGUGAUGAUCACGUGCUCCCUUAUCGCUGUGCAAGUAGUUCUCACUCUUGUUUGGAUGAUUGUGGAGCCGCCUGGAACCAGAUUCCACUAUCCCACCAGAAAUCAGAUUGAGAAUGAUACUGAAAAUCUGAUAAGAUAUAAACUAGUCGGUGAAAGAUUGAAGCUGGAAGUUAGAGUAAGCCGUCAUAAGUUUGACCACCAAAAAGGUGUGCGGCGUUUGAAGAAUGCGGAGCAUAUGAGAAUUCAUUCAAUGUGA